UUUUAUUCGUUAUUAUUAACACAGACUAAUCACAUUUUGACAUGCUUUUCUUUUCAAUUUGAUGUUGUUUUCUGGUAGUAAAGGUUUGUAUUCAAAAUGUGCAUGUAGAAAAGGGAAGCACUGAAAUUCCAAGCUUAGCAAAGAUUGAUCUGUCACAAAAAAGCUGUUGGCUUUCCUUCUAUGGGUGCUCCUAAGCAGAAAUGGACUGCAGAAGAAGAAGCGGCACUGAAAGCCGGAGUAGUCAAACACGGGGCAGGAAAAUGGCGUACUAUACUUACAGAUCCUGAGUUCAGUGCCAUUUUGCGUAUGCGUUCAAAUGUAGAUCUCAAGGAUAAAUGGAGAAAUAUAAAUGUGACAGCAAUAUGGGGAUCCCGGCAGAAGGCAAAGCUUGCUCUUAAAAAGAGCCUUCCAGCCCCCAAAGUUGACAAUAAUGAUUUGGCCUUGACUAAAGUAGCUCAACGUGAAGACGUUCUUGAUAUUAAGCCUCUAGCAAUUUCUGGCGGAACACUGCAAUCUCUUAAUUCAAAAGAACAAGUAUCAAGGUUGGGGGAUAAUCAUGUAUUAGAGGCUAUUGUCAAUAUGAAAGAGCCAAAGGGUUCUGAUAAGGCUGCCAUUGCUUCUUACAUAGAGGAAAAAUAUCAGUGCCCACCAAAUCUUAGAAAGUUACUGUCAACAAAACUGCAGAAUUUGGUGGCAAGUGGCAAAAUAAUCAAGGAAAAGCAUAAGUACAGAAUUAUGCCAAGUUCAACAGUCUCUGAGAAAAGAAGAAGCGCUUCCUUGAUGCUCUUGGAAGCAAGUCCCAAAUAUUUUCCAGAUUUGGAGAAGAGUGGUGAUGUCAACAUCCUUUCCAAAUCCCAAAUUGAUGCAGAGCUAUCAAAAGUGACGGGCAUGACCGCUCAAGAGGCAGCUGCUGCCGCUGCAAAAGCAGUUGCAGAGGCAGAGGUUGCCAUUGCACAGGCCGAGGCAGCAGCUAGGGAGGCAGAGGCUGCAGAAGCUGAAGCUGAGGCUGCUCAAGUCUUUGCAAAGGCAGCGAUGAAGGCGCUAAAAUGCAAAAUGCUUCAUAUUUGAUGUUGUGCACUUUCGCUUGUUCAUCAUCUGCCGGGUUGGCUUGAGAUAAUUGUUCCACUACCGCACUUCCUGCCAUUUUUUUUUGUAGCUGUACAUGAUUUUCGGCUUGUAAAUCCGGAACAUGCGGGACGAUUUGUGAAACAUUUUGUCAAGAGUCAGUAAUAGCUUUUAUUUUAUUUUACUUUUUUUAUUUUUAUUUUUAUAAAGAUGGCGAGGGAAGGUUUCAAAGUACACUAAGAUAACAUUUUUUUAGGAGUGUUCCAAUAGCAAUAUGGAUUGUCAUUGACAUGCAAGUCAUAUUUCCACUGCUUGUUAUUCUAAGACAUUGUUACACCACUCUGACUAGGAAGUACUAUUAUGUUUACACAUAAUAGACUUCAUUUGUCUUUUGUUUUUUGGCUUUUGCUGAUGUGUAUGUGUAUAUAGAUAAAGUUUAGAGGCAUUUGUUCUUUUUUUAAUAGUUGUGUAUCAGUAUAAUAAUGGAAACGUUAAUAUCAGGUUCAGGAAAA